AUGUUUGAACAUAAUGAUCAAGACAGUGCUGUCACUCUUUCUCUCAUCGAUUUUCAUUCAUACAUUUCCACCAAUUUAUUAGAAAAAUUCAAAAAGAAACUUUGCUCACCUCUUUCUCCCCUGAUUGAAUUUUCACAGAAUUUUACAAAAAUUUACAAACUUCCAGAGCCAUAUGUUUACAAUGUGGCAAUUUGUCAGGAGCUUAAUUAUUUAAUUGUCGGCUCGUUUUCAACUAUAAAUUUUUAUAAUUUGGUGACUCAUGAAGGAUUAUUUCAAAUUCCAUUUGAUGAUGGAAUUUAUGACUUGGAUUUGGAGAGGGAAAAUUCAGGUCAAUUUAAUUUGAUAGUUUCUAGUAGAAACAAUGAGUUAUUCAAGUUUAAUUUUACUGAAAUGAUAAAGACGAAGGAGUUAGGAGAGCCAAUUUGGAAAUCUGAAAAGAGAUUUAACCAAAUUUGGGGUCUAACACGUUUCAAAACUGAAAUUUAUGUAGUUGAUCAUAGAGAGAAAAUGUUUGCUUUUGAUUUAAAGACAGGAAAAUUACGCCAUGAUAUUCAAAUCGAUCUUUCUGAGAACUUGGUUGAUUUGGUUUUCACUCCAGAAGAGGAAAUGAUUGUGUGUGGAAUAGAUCAGUUACACAUUUUGAAAUUCAAUGAAAAAUCUAAAGGAUGGGAAAAGAUUAAAACCUUGGAUAACAAAGAUCAUAUCAUUAACGAUUGCUUCAGUGUAUGUUAUGAAAAAAAGACGAGAUUGAUCUAUCUCACCGACAUGUAUGGUAAAUUAUUCAUAUUCGAUAGACAAUUCAACCUAUUGAAGGAAGUGGAAGGUUUGUCAUAUCCAUAUGGUGUUGCAAUUAAUGAUAAGAAUGGAGAAUUGUUCCUAUGUAACACUGGAGCAUGUGAAAUACUAGUUUACAAAUAG